GUCAGUAAGUCGUAUACCAAAAUCCCAAACCGACAGCCAAGCCCUCCGCCCUCGCCACUGUCCGACGACACUCACGCCCUCCGCCCUCCGCCCUCCGCCCUCUCCACUUCGCGACCGCAGCCAACACUCGUCCACUCGCCUGAUCACGGCUGAAGGGCACCGGCGACCAAAGAGGACGAGAGGUUCUCGGAAAACAAUUCCCGAACUCCACCUCUAUUAUAAUCAGCAGCUAUGGUGAAAGACAAGGAAUCUGAUCCAAAUUUAGGGUACCUCACCCGCAAAGAAACGGAGGUCAAGCUGCCAAGGCCUACCCGGGUAAAGAAUAAAACCCCUGCCCCGAUUCAAAUCACCGCGGAGCAAAUUCUCCGCGAGUCGAGGGAGAGACAGGAGGCAGAAAUUCGGCCACCGAAGCAGAAAAUUACUGAUUCCAGUGAACUUGCUGACUACCGCCUCCAGAAGCGCAAGGAGUUUGAGGACCAAAUCCGCCGUGUGCGGUGGAACAAAGGUGUCUGGGUCAAGUAUGCUAGGUGGGAGGAGUCCCAGAAGGACUUCAACCGCGCCCGCUCGGUUUGGGAGCGGGCGCUGGAGAUUUUCUAUCGUGAGCCAACAAUUUGGCUUAAUUAUGCAGAGGUGGAGAUGAAGAAUAAGUUCAUAAACCAUGCUCGGAAUGUGUGGGACAGAGCUGUUACUCUCUUGCCUAGGGUUGAUCAGCUUUGGUAUAAAUACAUUCACAUGGAGGAGAUGUUGGGGAAUGUUGCGGGUGCUAGGCAGGUAUUCGAGAGAUGGAUGGCCUGGCAGCCUGACCAACAGGGUUGGCUCUCUUAUAUCAAGUUUGAGCUAAGGUAUAAUGAGGUUGAUCGUGCUAGAGAAAUAUUUGAAAGGUUUGUUCAGUGCCAUCCAAAAGUGGGUGCAUGGAUUAGAUAUGCCAAGUUUGAGAUGAAAAAUGGGGAGGUUGCCCGGGCUAGGAGUUGUUAUGAGAGGGCAGUGGAUAAGUUGGCUGAUGACGAGGAGGCAGAGCAGUUGUUUGUGUCAUUUGCAGAGUUCGAAGAGAUGUGCAAAGAGGCAGAGAGGGCUAGGUGCAUAUAUAAGUUUGCACUCGAUCAUAUACCAAAAGGCCGGGCUGAGGAUUUAUAUAAGAAGUAUGUGGCUUUUGAGAAGCAAUAUGGUGAUAAGGAUGGCAUUGAGGAUGCUAUUGUUGGGAAGAGGAGGUUUCAAUAUGAGGAUGAGGUUAGAAAGAAUCCACAUAAUUAUGAUGCGUGGUUUGAUUAUAUACGACUGGAGGAAAGUGUGGGAAUCAAGGAGAGGAUUAGAGAGGUCUAUGAGAGAGCGAUUGCUAAUAUACCUCCUGCUGAAGAGAAACGGUAUUGGCAGAGAUAUAUUUACUUGUGGAUUAAUUAUGCUUUAUAUGAGGAACUUGAUGCACAAGACAUGGAACGCACUAGAGAAGUCUACACGGUAUGUCUGAAUUUGAUCCCUCAUCAGAAAUUUUCGUUUGCCAAGAUUUGGUUAUUAGCUGCCCAGUUUGAAAUACGUCAGUUAAGGCUGAAAGCUGCCAGAUUGAUCCUUGGACGGGCAAUUGGAAUGGCUCCUAAAGACAAGAUAUUCAAAAAGUACAUUGAAAUAGAAUUGCACCUAGGUAACAUAGAUCGUUGCCGAAAACUUUAUGAGAAAUACCUAGAAUGGUCUCCAGAAAACUGCUAUGCAUGGACUAAAUUUGCCGAGUUGGAGAAGUCUUUGGAUGAAACAGAGCGAGCCCGGGCUAUUUUUGAGCUUGCAAUUGACCAACCUGCAUUGGACAUGCCAGAAUUACUAUGGAAGGCAUAUAUUGACUUCGAGAUAUCAGAAGGUGAAUAUGAAAGGACUAGAGCAUUGUAUGAGCGGCUUUUGAGCCGCACAAAACACUUGAAAGUAUGGAUUAGUUAUGCAAAGUUUGAAGGGGAUUCCUCAAACUCAGACCAGCAAGAAGUCAGUCCUGAACAGAAAAAAGAAUGUUUACAACGGGCUAGAGGGGUCUUUGAAAGGGCACUAGUUUACUUUAGAACUUCAGCACCUGAAUUAAAAGAGGAGAGGGCGAUGCUUUUAGAAGAAUGGUUAAACAUGGAAAGCAGCUUUGGUGAUGUCGGCGAUGUUGGAUUGGUCCGUGCCAAACUACCUAAAAAACUCAAAAAGAGGCGGCAAAUAGAAACUGAGGAUGGUCCAGCAGGGUAUGAGGAAUACAUAGAUUACCUAUUCCCUGAAGAGACACAGACCACAAAUCUUAAAAUUUUGGAAGCUGCAUAUAAAUGGAAGAAGCAAAAGAUAUCUACUGAUGAUGACUAGCUUCUGAACUUAUAAUCAUUUUUAGACUUGGGGCAGUUUAGUUUGGAAAAAGCAAAAGAUAUCUGUUGAGAAUACCUAGCUUCUGAACUUGUAAUCAUUUUUAGAAUUUGGCUGGUUUGGUAAAGGAGAUCAUGAAAAUUCUGUUUUUAGUA